AUGGUAUGGUUGGAGAGUGAGCGUCCAAGUUCAACGUGAUAUUUUGAAACGGCAAUAUCAUGAAGAGUAGCAUCAAAGUCCAAUGUUUGCAGAUGGAAAUACUUGUUCAGUUCGUGAUACCAUUUCUGAUUUUUGGAACCUACAUCGCACUGACCGUCAAGAUACUGGCCAUGAAAAGAACUGUUCUCAACAAGUCGGAAAUUAUGAUUCUGAAGCAAGCCUUCUUCAUCUUCGCUUUCUUCCAAGUAAACACACUUAACUGCUGCUAGUCAUCUCAACCUUCAGAUAUCUUCUCUCGUUUUCAUUUUCUCCCAAACACUCACUUUCAACACAGCCACUGCUUUCAUCAUUAAACGAGUGAUAAACACGGUAAUCAUGAGAUAGAAAGAAUUUAGGAAAGAGAGAAAUUGAUUUGAAGACCGAGAUAUUCGCCGGAGCUGCCACACCCUGUUUCUUCUUUUUCACUUCGAAGGAUAUUCGGAAAUUGCUUUCAGCCAAAGUGUCAGCGUUAAGUUCACAAAGCAAUUCGCAGGUGCUGGUCAGAAGACAGACAUUGAGGUCAAUUUGA